AUGACGACGAUUGCUUUGUGUCAGUCCGAUUCGGAAGAUACUGGGUUUGAAGUUUCCGAUGUUAGUGAAGAAGAGAGUGAUGUAGAGGAAGUGUUUGGUUUGGAACUUACUUCAGCUCCUGGAAUUGAAACCCUUUGCGUUUUCCCUAAAAACACCGCAAAAAUAAUUAAAGCUGGAGCUGAGACUGAGCUGCUAGUUGGAAUGAAAAAUGAUGGUCAAUCCAGUGUAGAUAUUGUUGCUGUUAAAGGCAGUUUACAUCUUCCUUUUGAUCAGAAGCCUCUGGUUCAGAAUCUCACCGCUCUGAGCUUCAGCAACGCAUCUGUUCCAACUUCCGCUCAAGCUACCUUCCCAUAUACUUUUGCUGUCAGCAAGUUCCUACAGGCGGGUGCUUUUGAUCUAGUUGGCACCAUCAUCUAUGAGAUAGAUGGUAAGCCAUACCAAAGCACAUUUUACAAUGGAACCAUCGAAGUUAUUGAAGACGGUCCUCUCUUCAGGAUGGAGUCAGUCUUCCUUAGCGGCGUUUUAAUUUCGGUUAUCAUUGUUCUUAUCAUCUAUAUCCAAAAUGGUCUGCGGCAUAUGACCAAGAAAACAAAGAGAUCACCAAAAGUUGAAGUUGGAACUGCAACUAAAGAUGCUUCGCUUGACGAAUGGCUUGAGGGUACUGCGUACACUCGAUCUUCGAGCAAGUCAAAGAAGAAGAAGUAG